GUAGUACCCCGAACGUCUGUUACAACCCUACCAUUGUUCAGACGAAAGAAAUCACUGGAAGAAAGGGGGCCUAUCCCAAACUCAUCCUGUGUGUAUUUCGUUCAGUUAUUGCCUUAUACAAUACGCAUUUUUUGUUCUGCGGUGUGUAAACUAAAACUAAAAAUGGCAGAUGAUGAAUUGGAAGCAAUCAGGAGGCAGAGAAUGUCCGAGCUGCAGGCGAAACACGGGAAUGGUUCCAAUGACCAACAAGGACAGCAGGAGGCCAAACAGAGGGAUACAGAGAUGAGGAACUCCAUAUUGGCCCAAGUUCUAGACCAGGCCGCCCGUGGAAGAUUGAGCAACCUGGCUAUGGUGAAGCCGGACAAGGCCCAAGCGGUUGAGAACUAUCUUAUCCAAAUGGCUCGUUAUGGCAAGUUGGCGGGAAAGAUUACAGAGUCGGGCUUGAUUGAGAUCCUCGAGAAAGUCAGUCAGCAAACAGACAAGACGACAAAAGUGACGUUCAACAGGCGGAGGGUGAUGGAUUCUGACGACGAGGAGGAAGAUUAAUGAGUUUUCCAUACUGAAGACAGAAGCUCUGAAGAACAUCUUGCAGGAGUACCUUUGCCUUCGUGGGACUCUGUUAAUAGGCAGUUCUAUUUAGCACACUAUUUUCUCACCACUGAAUCAUGAUCUCUCACUUCGCUGGGUGGUCAUGGAUUACUAAGUAAGAUGAAGGACUAGAGAUAUUGUGGGAUUGAUUCAAAAAUAGGACCUUUGCAAACACAGGCAAGUUCACCUUUUGAGGUCUCUUGCUAGCAAAAGUGCCAUAGCAUAUGUUGUUUCCUGAUUUGACCGAACAUAAUAUUUCUUGGUAACGAUUCCUGAACUUCAAUUUUUGCUUGUGUUCAUUUUGCUGUGUUAGGCCUUUCUUUCUUUUUAUUUUUUUUCAGCGCAGUUCGAGAAAUGCUUAAACAAACGGUUGCUGAAGAAUUUAUGGUGAUCGGAUGUCAAUACUGUUCAUGUGUGCGUCAAGCAGUGCUGCAGUUCCAUGGAACAUGGAUAAAGCACUUUUAUAGCCUAUAUUUGUUUCUUUCUUUUCAUGUAACAUGUGGUUUGCAUAAAUAAAAAAGCCUAAUGCAA